CUGUGACCGCCAGAGAGCGCAUCGCACUGAAUUUAAUCGUUAUUUUUCGAAUCCGUUCGUGAUGAUUUUGGCGUCGUGAUUUGUUUCCACUAAACGUAUCGUUUUGUUACAAUUUCCAACUGAAAUGGCGACGUGUUUCGACAAUAUGGCGAUGGGUCAGACAUAGCAUUUCCCGCCCAUUCCUCAUUGUACAGACCUUUUGCCAAGCCCCCAACUUUCUACAGCUCGAUGACGUUCUUCGUCUGCCGUUUUGUCGUGUCACAAAACUAGAUUACAAUUUUUCGAUUUCUUCUUCAAUAGUUAAGAGCUAGCCAUGGCGGCCUUGAAGCAAGAGGAAGAAUCUAUUAGUGAGAUCCAAAAUUAUCUCGACACAUUCAACAAGGAAAUUGAAGAUCCCAAUCAGAUACCUGGUUCCCAGCUAGCUAACAAGGAAGCUGUUGUUUCAAACGAAGUAGAAGCUGCUGAUGCACCUGAAGAUGGUGGAACCUAUUUUGUAGACCAAAGUGGACAGUAUUACUAUCAAAGUAAUGAUGUUGAUGGAGGAGAUGGUACAGCAACGCUUGUCGCCCAAGAUGGAGGUACUAUGGUAUCCAUUCCCAAUAAUGGGACUUCAGCCGAUGAAGGGGUAGUGCUUGCACAGGGAGAAGGUGGCUACCAAACUGUCACUAUAUUACCCCCAGAAUCAUCUUCUGGUGAAGUUAGCUAUGUUUUGAUUGUCCAGCAGCCUGAUGGUGCUGAACAAGCUGUCAUUUCAUCUGAAGUUCUUGAUGGUACUGAAGGUGAAGUUAUUCAAGAAGAUGACGAAGGCGAAGAUGACGAGAACUUUGAUGGUGAUGAGGAUAAAGACGAGGACCAAAACCUAGCGGUUUAUGAUUUCGACGAAGGCGAAGAAGGUGGUAGUGCUGAUGGUCAGGAUUCCGAAGAUGAAGAUAUUAAGCCAAGGAUGAGUAAAGGUGGCUCCAAAAAGGUCACACAGACCGUCUCCCAGGCGCAUAUGUGUAACUACUGCAACUACACUAGCCCAAAGCGAUAUCUGCUGUCUCGACACAUGAAGUGUCACUCAGAAGAGCGUCCGCACAAGUGCAGUGUAUGUGAUCGGGGAUUCAAGACGUUGGCUUCGCUACAGAACCAUGUCAACACUCACACGGGCACUAAGCCACAUCGAUGCAAACAUUGCCACAGUUCGUUCACAACUUCAGGUGAGCUUGUCCGUCACGUACGUUACCGCCACACACACGAGAAACCACAUCGUUGCACCGAGUGCGACUACGCUUCCGUUGAACUAAGCAAGCUCAAGCGUCAUAUGCGGUGCCAUACGGGUGAGCGACCCUACCAGUGCCCUCACUGUACGUAUGCCAGCCCGGACACCUUCAAGUUGAAGCGCCACUUGCGCAUCCAUACUGGCGAAAAACCCUACGAGUGCGAUAUUUGCCAUGCGCGAUUCACACAAUCCAACAGUCUCAAGGCUCACAAACUCAUUCACACAGGCAACAAACCAAUUUUCCAGUGUGAACUAUGUCCAACCACUUGUGGCCGAAAGACUGACUUACGGAUCCACGUUCAGAAAUUGCACACCUCUGAAAAGCCUUUAAAAUGCAAAAGAUGUGGCAAAUCGUUCCCCGAUCGUUAUACUUUCAAAUUGCACAGCAAAACUCACGAAGGAGAAAAAUGCUUCAAGUGCGAUCUAUGUGCUUACGCGUCGAUCUCUCAACGCCAUUUGGAAUCACAUAUGCUGAUUCACACGGACCAGAAACCUUACCAGUGCGAUCAGUGCGAUCAGUGCUUCCGGCAAAAGCAGUUGUUACGUCGGCACCAAAACUUGUAUCACAAUCCCGACUACGUGCCCCCACCGCCUGGAGAGAAACGGCAUGAGUGCCCUGAAUGUGGAAAACCCUUCCGCCACAAAGGCAAUCUGAUUCGCCAUUUGGCGCUCCACGAUCCUGAUGCCGCUCAGCAAGAAUUGCGAGCAUUCCGCGCGGCUCGUAAACAGCGAAUUAAGGAUGGCCAGAGUUUAGAAGGUCUUACUGAAGGCGAAGAGACUGAUAUGGAGGAUGAAGACAUUAGCCUUGGUCUCAACUCUAAUGAAGAGCUGGUCUCGGUACAAGGUCAAGAUGGACAGCAGUAUGUUGUCCUUGAAGUGAUUCAAUUAGAGGGUGAAGGUGGAGACGAAGAUGAGGCCACCAUGAUGGAAGUAGAAGGAGCUACCGAAAUGGAUGGUUCCCUGAUGGAAGGAGAAGGAAAUACUAUGACCUCCUUGGAUGAUGAAAUUGAAGAUUCCAUGCAAGCCACCCCUCGCGUUCGUCGUAGCUCUCAGGUUGCUAAAGCUCAGGAUACUAGCAAGGACGUGGCUAAUUGUUUUGGAUUCGACGACGAUGAAGAUGACGAAGAAGAUGAGGAGGAGGAAGAUGAAAAGUGAAAUUCAUGUUGCCUAUGAACGUCAUUAGUGUUUUCGAAAGCAUUGUGUAAACUGUUUUUCUGAACGGGAAGUUUUCGGUUGGAAAUUUGGACGAAAAAAAGAAAAGUGCGAGUACAUUUUUGCCGAUAAGUAUCUCUUUUUGAAGCGUCUUUGAAAACGUUGGAUUCUUCUGUUUUCCUUUUCUGUCCAUUGUAAUUGGCUUGAUGCAAACAAUACACACUAUAACUGAA